UCAAGUCUUUCUCGGAACGCUUCGAAUUCCUUCUCAACCACGGUAACCGCCACUUGCUCUCCGAGAAAGAAUCAGAAAACCCUAAUGGCGACGAUUGAAGACGACGAAGUCGCUGUGAUACUCGAAGAACAGCGUGAAGAGAUCAUGGCUGCUAAAGCCCUAGCCAGCGACCACGAUCUGGCUUUCAAUCUCCAAAUGCAGGAAGCCCUAGCCGCUUCUCGAGCACCGCACACUUCCUCACCGGAAUCUCCUCCCGCCGCCGCGGAUGUCACCACUUUCACCGGCGGAGACGCUAACGCCGACGAAUUCGACUUCACUGAUCUCAUCCUACAGGACAUUGCUCGAGUCGACCAGGAGAGGCGAGACCGCGAGUUUGGCGAGCAGGAGAUGAAUAGGCUUAAAGUCGAUCUAGACCGUCGGAUUCACGAUCAGAAGUUCGCUAAAGAGAUUAUGAGCAUCCCGGACUCAGAUUGGAGCAGAGACGGUGACUAUUUCCAAAAACCUUACUCACUCGGAGCUUCUUCUUCCUCCGUCGUCAAAGUCGCUCCUUUCUCGUUCUCGGCGAUUGGGGCUGAGAGCUUCCGGGUUUAUUGCAAGGGUUUAGCGAGUGAAGAGAUGAUUGGAGACACGAGGGCCAUGGUCGGUGGUGUUGGUGUUGCGAUUUGUGACUCGGCGAAUAAUCUGAUUUGGGAGGUGAAGAAGGUUUUGGGAGCAGAAGAGUCUAAAAGCUCAGAAAUUGCGGAACUGGAAGCGAUUGUUCAUGGGUUAGAUGAAGCUUUGACCUUUGAUUUGGGAAGGGUCACGUUCUUCAUUGACGAUUUCAAAGUCUACAAUUACGUGACAGGUAGAGUAGAACCUAGGCAGAGCGUUGUUGCAACGCUUGUAAACCAAGUGUCUCUUCUCCAGAAAAAGUUCUCAUACUGCCAACCAUUUCUUUUGACAAGAAAAGAUGUUAAGUUUGUGUUCAAGCUCGCAAGAGACGCGAUCGUGUCCCAAAUCAAAUGGCCUGAGGAAACCAGCGACGGCAAAUCUUUCAAGGAGACUUGUGUGAUAUGCUACGAAGGCAUCACAGUCGACAAAAUGUUCUCGGUAGACGGUUGUUUCCACCGUUUCUGCUUCUCCUGCAUGAAGCAGCAUGUUGAAGUGAAACUACUCGGAGGUCAAACAGCUAGUUGUCCCAGCGACGGGUGCAAAUCAGAAGUGAAAAUGGAGUGCUGUGCAAAGUUUCUGGAUCCUAAACUGCUUGAAGUUAUGAUCCAACGCAAGAAAGAAGGAUCGAUUAGCGUUUCGGAUAAAGUCUACUGUCCAUAUCCAAAGUGUUCGGAACUGAUGGCCAAAGCCGAAGUUUUGGAAUAUACCAAACAGUAUUUUGUUAGAGCUGAGCAAUCUGGUGCGAGGAAAUGCAUGAAAUGUAGGCAGUUUUUCUGUAUGCAGUGCAAGGUACCGUGGCACUACAACAUCACCUGCGAUGAGUUCAGUAGAUCAAAGACCUAUCAGAACGCCGGGGAUGGAAUGCUCAAGUCUCUGGCACAAAGCAAGCGGUGGAGGGCAUGCGUAAAGUGUAACAAUAUGGUUGAGCUUGUUUGGGGAUGCUACCAUAUAACAUGCAGAUGCGGAUACGAGUUUUGUUACACGUGUGGAGCUGAAUGGAAGAACAAGAAAGCAACGUGUUCGUGCCCGAUAUGGGACGAGCGCAACAUAAUCCGUGAGAGAAAUGUGAAUCCUAGGAGGUGAUUGCUUAUGUGUUUUGUGAAAGUUUAGGUAAAGCUUGAUAGGGUAAGUGACGGUAACAGCGCUAGAAUAAAAAAAAGUCUAGUUAUGGUUUUGUUUUUGCGGGUUUUUGUGGGUUUUAGGAACUGAUCCAAACGUUGGUGUUUUUUAGUUUGGAUCUUCUAUUUAGCUUUGGAAAAAAAGUUGACACUUUAAACUCAAAUGUUCAAGAUCCGAGGUUAUAGUGAAACUUGUGAUCUCCGGGAAGAAGUUUGA